CUGGCAUCACCAACACACUUACAAGGAUAAGGACCCAGAGGGGGAGGAUGAGGAAGAAGCAGUGAGCCCUGUAUCCAAGUGCCAGGGCUGGAGCCGAGAUGACUGUGCUAUAACUGUUACCCCAUUUUACACAUAAAUGACCAAUACCUGUAUUCAAUUUCGAUUUAAUCCAUUAAUUUGAGUUCAUCUCUUCACUUAAAAACACUGUUCUGGUGGUGGAAGCCAAUAGUCGUAAAACACCAUAGAACUGUUAUGAUUAUCAUUCUAGAGCUUAUGAAAACCUACUUAGGAUUUACAGUCGUGUUUACAGUAGAGCCCGACCGAAAUUGGCCUUUUAGCGCUAUAUCGGUAUCGUCCGAUAACUCCGCCGAUAAAUGGAAAAAGGGGAAUCUCAUGCCUAUCUGAACGUUUGCGGCCAUUUUCAUGACGUGUCAUUAUUGUCACAAUGUAUGAAAUCAACAUUUGAAGCGUAGUAAUUUGGAAAAUUGCUCUUUUGGAUGGCAAUUUAUGAGAAUUCAGUGGAAGAAUGACACUUUAUAAUUUCCCUGAUGUAAACGGUAUAUCGGCAGAUAUAUCGGUAUCAGUAGGUUUUGCCCCCAAAAAAGUGGAAUCUGUAUCGGACCCCAAAUAAACAUAUCGGUCGGGCUCUAAUUUAGCGGUGCUCUGAUGUUUGUUUGUGUUUGGGUCUCCCAGGAUGUGAAAGUGAAGAAAGUCAAGUCCAAGAAGGAGAAGAGGGAUAAGAAGAUGUUUUCUUCUCAGGAUGACGAGCACUUCCUACUGACAGGGGUCACACUGGCCGAUCGCAGAGGGUCCCACAAGAAGAACAAGGAGGAAGGGAAGGAGAAGAAUAAGCCAAUCACAGAGAAGGGCCACUGCUUCUGGGACAGCGUCACCAUGACGAUGAGGCAGAUCACGCCCACCAGGAAACUGGACAAGAUGGAGGGCUGGGAGCCACCGCAGUUGGCCGACCCAACCGAGACACCCACCGACGAGGCAAUGGAGGCUCAGAGUGGGACCAGGGACUCGCCUGUGUCCUUCCCCCAGGCUCUGGGGCUCCCGCUGGGUCUGCCCUCUUGGGCAGGUCUGGGUCUAGAGGAAGACUCGUCGCACUACGCCAACCUGUCAGAAUCACGGGAUUCCACGGCUGUCAGGUGGACGGCCCUCGCCAAAGGCAAGCUGGCCGGAAUCAGGAGGCGGAGCCGAGGGAACGUGUCGGAGACAUGGGAGGGGUUUAAAUAAAAGCUGUACCCCUUACUUGCCAGCAAUCCCUCCCCCUCACCUCUUUCCUCAAAUCAAGAGGAGGGAAAAAGACAUGCCUGUCUGUCUCUGUGCUGCUUAAAGAACUGAUUUUGUAUUCCUCCAUUGACAUUCUGAGUGCAGUCCUGACUUUUCCGUACAGCAUAGAUGAACACAGCCCAUAUAUCCCUAUGACUGCUCACUCCAACAACAUAGCAGAUGAACUUACAAAGCAGACAAGGUCACUAAAAUCUAUUAUUGUUGACUUUGUGUUGAAAUUGUGAUGUUUUAAUGUUGCAGAGACAUUGAGCCUGGGAAUACAUUAUGCUAUGUUGAUCUGUUUGAGUGGACUGGUUUGUCAGUGUAGAGAAAAGGGUCACCAUCUUGAAAAGGAUGUCAUAGAUAAGAGGUUGGAAAGUAAAAAAGCAAACACAUGAAAGCCUUACACUACCUUAAACUGUGCUAUCCACUGGUCUUUGAACAUUUUAUAUUAUCAAGCCAAGAGAAUGAUUUCCAAAAGAGAUAUUUUGUAUUGUUACAUAGGCAUUCAUGUUUUAUGCAAGACAGUAGUUUGAGAACAAGACCAACUAUACUACUCUAGGCCUUAUUUAAAGAGAAGUUUUCAAUGCUGUUUGCCCUCCCUGGCCCUGCAGUAAAUAUCUAUUGGGAGAGGAAUGUGUCAGAGGCCUUAGCGUCUAAUAAGCAUAGCUAAAAGGCUUAAAAUGCUUUGUCCAAUAACAUGUAAUAAGCCUUCCAGACUCUGAACAAUAAGUGUGUGUGUGAGCGAAUAUAGGCUGCUGAAUCUGGAGUAUUGUUAAUGAAUGAUAUGAUCCAAAUGUUCUUGUUACAAACCCAGCAAAUGGCAGACCACUGGAGUGUCAUGAAUACUGUACAGUCAAAUCUGAUGAUAAGAAACAUUUUCCAUGCAAUAAGAGGACUGAGCUCCAUUUUCUGCAUGCAGUCUGUGUGCUGUUUCCCUGUUUAGACAACAAGCCAUGAUGUGCCUUUCCCUACAGUAUGUGUUGUGGCAUGUUUCUCUGCUCACCAUAUUGGAAUAGACUACUAGUACACCAAGCUCACCAUGAAGAUCAAAUGAUGUGAUGGGCAAUCCCAGCAUGCAUCACUGCUGCACCCCUCCCUGGUUUUGACUAAAUGGUUUUCAGCUAUGGACAGAAUUGACUUUUUGUAGCAGGCUAGGAUAACUUACACAGCAGGUUAGGAUAAUUAGGUUAAGGUUAGGUAAAGGGUUAGAGUUAGCUAAAAUGCAAAAACUCUCCCGGCACGACUAGAACAUACAACUUUUUUACCGUAGCUGUAUACCAUCUAGCCACAAACCCUCCCUUCUCAUUCAUGGCCAUGGGAAACUUCAUGGUUUCCAACAAUUUUGCCAGCAGCAGCAGUGCUUUUGGGACUGGGACAGAAACGAAUUCAACAGACAUUGUUAACAUGAUAUCUGCUGUUGUAUGUGCCUGUGUGAAUGUGUGUGUUGGUGCUUGAAUAGGAUAGCUGUGAGUUAUUGAAGAAUCAUUUUAUUUCAUUUUCAUAGCAAAAACAGUGAUUUUUUUGUGUCUGAUUGCAACUGUAUAUUUAAUUCCAAACAGAAUCAGUCUUUCCACUUGUAGGUGGUUAGACUUGGACAAUCCUUUCAUUUAAAUCUGUGCCUUUUUUCUUUAUUUUCAAAUCUACUUAGUCCCUUCUUCCACAGCCAAGUUUGUGCACAGAUACGGGUUCCUUGCCAACGAUGGCCGUUAGAGCUUCUAUAUUUACUAAAAGGAAGGGUCACAUUUGUUCACAAGAAUAAAGACCUGCCCUGCC